AUGUCUGCCGAUACCGUUGGAAAGACCAUUACCUGUAAGGCUGCCGUCGCCUGGGAGGCUGGCAAGGACCUCUCCAUUGAGGACAUCGAGGUUGCCCCUCCCAAGGCCAACGAGGUCAGAAUCCAGAUCUACUACACUGGUGUCUGCCACACCGAUGCCUACACUCUCUCGGGCAAGGACCCCGAAGGUGCUUUCCCCAUUGUUCUUGGACACGAAGGUGCUGGUAUCGUUGAGUCUGUUGGCGAGGGCGUCACCAACGUGAAGCCUGGUGACAACGUUGUUGCUCUCUACACACCCGAGUGCAAGGAGUGCAAGUUCUGCAAGUCUGGCAAGACCAACCUCUGUGGCAAGAUCAGAGCCACCCAGGGCAAGGGUGUCAUGCCUGACGGAACCUCGCGCUUCAAGUGCAAGGGCAAGGACCUCCUCCACUUCAUGGGCACUUCUACUUUCUCGCAGUACACUGUCGUUGCCGACAUCUCGGUCGUCAAGAUCACCGACAAGGCCCCCAUGGAUCGCACCUGCUUGCUCGGCUGUGGUAUCACCACCGGAUACGGUGCUGCUGUCAUCACUGCCGGCAAGGGAGGUGUCGAGAAGGGUUCCAACGUUGCCGUCUUCGGUGCUGGUUGCGUCGGUCUUUCGGUCAUUCAAGGUUGCGUCAAGAACGGCUCUUCCAAGAUCAUUGUCGUCGAUGUCAACAACAGCAAGAAGGAGUGGGCCGAGAAAUUCGGUGCUACCGACUUCGUCAACCCCAUGGAGCUCAAGGACCAGACCAUCCAGGAGAAGCUUAUUGAGAUGACUGAUGGUGGCUGCGACUACACCUUCGACUGCACUGGUAACGUCCACGUCAUGAGAUCCGCUCUCGAGGCUUGCCACAAGGGUUGGGGUGAGAGUAUCAUCAUCGGUGUUGCCGCCGCUGGACAGGAGAUUUCCACAAGACCUUUCCAACUCGUCACCGGCCGUGUCUGGAAGGGAUGUGCCUUCGGUGGUGUUAAGGGUCGCACCCAGCUUCCCGACCUCGUUGACGACUACAUGAAUGGCAAGCUCAAGGUCGAUGAGUUCAUCACUCACAGACAACCCCUCGACAAGAUCAACGCUGCCUUCCAGGACAUGAAGGCUGGUGACUGCAUCCGCUGCGUCGUCAACAUGCGCGAGUAA